UUUUUCUCCAAAGCGAAGCGUCUCUCGAUUUUCGAUUUGGAUUUCGCUCUCCCUUUCUCUCCGAUAUAUUCACUUUUGAGGUAUAAAGAUGGAAAGUGGAAGGAAUGAAGCUAUGAGGAAACGCAUGAAACCGGACAUGGAGGAGAAAGAGGAUGAUCAUGUAAGCAAUGAAACUGUUAUGGAAACAACAGAGAAAGAACAAUCUGAGACAAACAUUGUUGGAUCUGAAGAAAUGGAACUCAAUAUCUCUCACAUUUUUGAAAAAAUCGAGCGCUUUACUCAACUGGUUUCGGAGCUACUGGAAUCAUGGAAGACGAUGUUCAAGGAGUUGAGUGAUGAAUUUGAAGAGCGGCUGAUUGUGAUACAUAAAGAACAUAUGGAGAAAUGGCAGGAGGAGAUAAAUGAACUUAGGUUGGUAGAUGGAUCAAAUGAGGAGGCUAGUGCUAUGUUGAAUAAUGCUCGUUCUUUACUUCAGAAUCCUCUUUUUGAAUCUUGAAAGAACGUGAGACCAUGUGUGAGCAAGCGGUUGGAUGGGAAAUUCUCAAAUGGUGAACAUGGCAUCAUCCAUGUGCUACACAGGUGUAUGUCCCUUAAGACAUGCCAUGAUAUACGGUUCUACUUAUCAACCGAAGAAUUAUUUUUCUUUUUAUUCCUUCUAUAAGUAAGGUACGGACAUGGUGGUUGCAUAUGUAACUGCUGCUGCAAAACCUGUCUAAAAAUCAAUUAAAUAUGGUUUUAUUUUGGGGAGUUGACUUGGAUUUUUCAGUCGCAAUUUUAGAAUCUCCCUAUCCAUUUGUUGUUGAAGGGUCGUAGUUGCAGUUUUCAACCUUAAGUUGCUGCCUAGAAACGAUUAUAAAAUUCCUCUGCUAGUUUUAUAUUUGCCUGCUUGACAAUUUGCAGCUCAACUGUACUGUAACGUACCACUGGAAAUAUAAUGCCUUGA